AUGUCUCAAUCACCAUCCCCCUUUCCCCCACAAUCGCCCUUCUACUCAGCCCAAAUGAAUCCAGUCAACCCUGACACUCCUCCCCCGCCACCUCCGAAACCCGGCAGCCACGAAGCCAGCCGAGGUGGCACCCCGCAAAACAUGUCAAUGGCACCGCCCCCCGCAGGCUACCAGCCAGACCCAACAGCAUACGCAAACACCCAGCCGACACUCCCCAACCCACCAACAGUGGAAGAAGGCUGGCUCCCAGACCUAGUAAAAGACAAAUCAACAAUCGACCUCCAAACCCUCCUAAAAGACCCAACCCUCCUCUCAGCCCUCUCAAGCUCCCACCCAUCCUACACAUCCCGCCAACAAGCCCUAGAAUCCUUAAUCCAAACAAACAAAGAGCUAGCAACACGCGUGCUAGAAAUGCAAACCCACCUCACAGACCUACGCGCCUCAACAGAGACGAUGCUCCUUACACACCAAUCGCUCGAAGUAUCCUGGCGCAAGAAACAAGCCGAGAUGGAUGCUGCCCUAGCGCCGUGGUCGCCGAAGGCUUUGUAUCAGCGGUUUAGCGCGUCUAUCGCUGAGCAGGAGGCUGUUUGUCGUGCUGUUGAGGAGAGUUUCCUUGAUGAGGAUCAUCAUGAUCAUGGACGUGCGACGGAGAAGGAGAUUGCUGAUUGGGUUCGGAGGGUGAGAGGUGAGGCGGCGAAGUUGGCUGCGAGAAAGGAGGCUAAGGCUAGGUGGGAUGAGGGGAGGGUUGGGGGUUGGCGAUGA